AUAGGCGCGGCCAUGUUGGUUUGUAGUAGAUAAAUUUUAUCGAAAUUCAUUUCUAAAAGAAAUAAAUUGACACAAUAUGCCCAAAUGCGACCUUAAAACGAGAUACAUCCCCGCGACUUUCGCAUGGACUUUAUUACUGGGCACGACAUCCCUAUUUUUUUAUUUUCCAUGUCAGUAUUAUCUCCAAAAACAUCCAUGGGUGCCUGCUUAUCAAGGUGUCAUAACAUUUUUUGUUUUGGCCAAUUUUACACUGGCUACUUUCAUGGACCCGGGGGUCAUACCAAAAGCCCCACCUGACGAAGACCGCGAGGAUGAUUUCCGCGCGCCGCUGUACCGCAGCGUGGAGAUCAACGGCAUCACAGUCCGCAUGAAGUGGUGCGUCACAUGCAAGUUCUACCGGCCGCCGCGAUGUUCGCACUGCUCGGUCUGCAACCACUGUAUAGAGACAUUCGACCACCACUGCCCCUGGGUGAACAAUUGUAUAGGUCGACGAAACUAUAGGUUUUUCUUCUUCUUUCUAAUAUCAUUGUCAAUACACAUGCUGAGUAUAUUUGGACUCAGCCUAUAUUAUAUUAUGAAUAUUAACAAGACAUUGACGCAACUCGAGCCCAUUGUAUCAAUGGUAAUAAUGGGUAUAAUAGUGUUGCUCGCCAUCCCAAUAUUCGGGUUGACGGGCUUCCACAUGGUGCUGGUCUCCAGAGGUCGCACCACUAACGAGCAGGUGACGGGCAAGUUCACCGGCGGCUACAACCCAUUCUCAAGAGGUUGUUGGAAUAAUUGCUGUUACACGCAGUUUGGGCCACAGUAUCCUAGCCUUGUCCGACCGUCUAAGUACAUGUACAAGAGCAGUAAAAAGCGUCGGGAAGCUAUGAUGGUGGGUGGUAUAGCCACCAUAGCGGCGAGCGGGACAGGGCCGGGAGCGGGUGGGGCGCAGGUAAAGACUUACACAGCGGACAACGGCGCGGCGCAUCGUCCGCUCGGGGCGCACGCGCAUUACAAUAAGCUGUCGCCGGGUCGCGAUGACCAUGAAGGAGAUAUGGAAGGGCCGGGGGCUUCGCAGUCGACUGAUUGUGAGCCGACGCCUCCGCCACUUCAGCGCCGCGGUUCCUCGGCCAACCUGUUCCCGGAGCCCCACCAUAUGCCACGCCACCACUACCCGAGGCUCAGUCCUCUCUCAAGGAAUACUAGUCACGGUGGCACGAGUACUACAGGGUACCGCGUGGUGAUGGAGCCACUACGAUACGACAACGGCUCGAAUGGCGCCCGGCCCUCGCCCACCAUGCAGCAGCGGAUAAAGGCACUCGGAGUGCCCACGCCAUUGGCUAUCACAAGUCCUGUGCGGAGGUCCAACCCGGGCACGCCCACGCAGCCGCGGAGGCCCGACUUCAUCGGCGGCCGGACGUCGCCGCAGCGCCGCUUCCUGUCUGAGGGGGAGCUGCUGCGGGACGAGGACAUCCGCGAGCUGGCCUCGUCGCCGCAGCGGGGCGGGUACCUGUGGGCGGAGCGACCGCCCGCGCCCUCGCCCGCGCCGGCCCGGCGGCGCCCGCCCGUGCCGCUGCGGCCCGCACGGCCGCUGUCGUUCGUGCGAGCGCUCGAGGUGCAGGAGCAGCUGGAGCGGGCGCCGCAGCUGGAGCCGCCCGAGCGCGCCUCCGUCUACGACUGCAACUACGAGAUAUCCGUCUGAGACAGACACUUGACUCCCUAUUACCCGAAUAGGACUGUUACAGAACGACCCGUCGCCCGCGCCCCGACCGCAUCCAACGCACAACCGGUCAUGCCAUAUUAUAGUGAAGUGUAGGACGAGUGACUCGUGUAUGUAUAUUUGUGUAUGUCCGAGUGUAGAUAUUCCCCGCGUUGUGACGCCGUGAGAUAGUUCGAUAUAGAUGUAAAUUGUAUCUAUUUAUAUUAUUAAUAUUAAGACGUUGAUUUUAUCACAGCUUUGAGACUUGCAGAGAAUGCACUCAGCAUUGGGAGCGGCCGAAACUUCAGAUUAUUAAUGGUUAAAAAGAUAAUCUUUGAUUUGUUUGCAAAUAUACCGGGUUCAAUUAACAAUAAAAUAAGCAUAAACAAA